AUGGCCUGGCGAGAAUCUCCCUUGCAUUCGCCAUCUACAUCAAACUGGCAAUCUCACCAUCGCGAGUCGGUCGUGUCAAAUUUCAGUCGACCUACCACCCAAGAUUCCUUUCAGCCCUACGUGGUAUCUGAGUCCGCCGAUUUAUUAAGCAACAAGCCAGUGCUGCCAAAGGUCUCCCAGAGUGGAGGCACCAAAACACCGCGACAAACGUUCCUGUCCUCCGGGACGUCCUUGACGUCCCGCCCAAUAUCGACAGGCUAUCACCCAGGCUUCCCAGGUCCGUACGCGCCUGUGCCUUCAGACUCGCAAACAUGGCUGGAAAGCUCGAACACCACCAUUGCAGAGAAAUCAGACCUCCAAGCAUUUGAGCCCAAGGCGAUCCCUUCCGGACCUCCAGGCGGAUUACCUCCCGAUGGAGGCCUCACUGCCUGGCUGCAAGUCCUAGGCGGCUACUUCCUGUUCUUCAAUACGUGGGGCCUCAUCAACGCCUUUGGGGUCUUCCAGACCUACUACAAAUCCGACCUCAUAUCCGACAAAUCCAACUCCACCAUCGCCUGGGUCGGAACUCUGACCAGCUUCCUCCUCUGCGCCUCUCCCAUCUCCUGGGGUCCCAUCUUCGACAUCGGCUCACCGCGCCUCCUCGUCCUCUUCGGCUCUUUCGCCGUCGUCUUUGGGAUCAUGAUGACCAGUCUCUGCAACGCGUACUGGCAAAUCAUGCUCGCGCAAGGCGUCAUCUGCGGCAUCGGAGGCGGAGCACUCUUCAUCACCGCCACCUCCGUACUCCCCUCUUACUUCAGCCGGAAACGCGCUCUGGCGAUGGGCAUCUCGGCUUCCGGCUCUUCGCUCGGAGGCAUCAUCUACCCCAUCAUCUUCCGCUACGUGCAACCGACCUUCGGCUUCGGCUGGGCCGUGCGCAUCAUCGGCUUCAUCGCGCUCCUCACCCUCUCGAUCCCCUGUCUGGUCAUCAAACCACGCGCCAAACCCCCCGGAGGAGGCCGCCUCCGCAAGAUCUUCGACACGAGGAUCCUCAAAGAAGCGCCCUUUGCAAUGAUGAACCUCGCGACGUUCUUCGGCUUCGUGGGCCAGUACAUCCCCUACUUCUUCAUCGAACAAUUCGCCUCGCAACACCAGGAAAGCGGAACCACAGACCCGGCCUUGACCUUCUGGAUGCUCAUCUUCCUCAACGUCGGCUCCAUCCCCGGCCGCAUCCUCCCCUCCCUGCUCGCCGACCGCCGCUUCCACCCCUUACACGUCCUCGCCUGCACCACCGCCGCCGCAGCCCUGCUGGCCUUCUGCUGGAUCGCCAUCCGCGCCUCCACCGCCGGUUUGGUGCUCUGGUGCCUCCUCUACGGCUUCUGCAGCGGCGCUUUCGUCUCCCUGCAGGGCGCCGCCGUCGCCAGCAUGACGCGCGACCUCGCCAGUAUCGGCACGCGCUUCGGGGUUAAUAUGUUUGCCGGCGCGCUGGGGAUUCUCAUCGGGAGUCCCGUCGGCGGGGCUAUUUUUCCCACGAGCUGGGCGGGGGCGCAGGCGUUCUGUGGGGGGUCGUUGGCGGUGGCGGCGGCGGCGGUGGUGGGGACGUAUGCUUUGUGGAAGAGGGAGGUGAGGCGGAAAGAGAUGGUGGGAGGGGAUGAGCUGAGCUGAGCUGAGCGGAGCGGAGCUGAGGGGCUGAGUCAUGCAUGAUGUGAAUUGAUUGAUUAAUUGGGGAUACGGGGAACAAACGGUAGAGGAUUCAGAGAGAGAGAGAGAGAGAGAGAGAGAGCUGCACACACACAGCAAAAGGGAAUUUUCCGGGGGAAGAUGUAG